AUGGGACAACUUCUUUCACACCCCAUACAAGAGAAACAGCUAGAUUACCAUCCCAAUGCGUCGAUGUCGUAUGCGGUGGGAUCAAUGCAAGGAUACAGAAUGACCAUGGAGGAUGCUCACUCAGUUAAAUUUAAUGAGGACGAAUCAUUGGCAGUGUUUGGGGUUUUUGAUGGACACGGAGGAAGAGCAAGUGCUGACUAUGUAAGUGAGAACUUGCCAUCCAUGAUAUUUAAAAGAUUAAAUGAAAUGCUACGCAACAAAAAUAUCAACAAUAACAAUAACAAUAAUGACACCUCUACCAAUAAUAAAUCUGAACUUUCAAGAUAUAUGUCAACCAUAAAAGAUUCAUUCUUUAAGGUGGAUCAUGAUUUAAGUCUACAAGAUUCUACCCAUUGUGGUACUACAGCUAUUUUAGCUUGUGUAAUAGCACAGAAAUAUGUAGUGGUUGCAAACACAGGAGAUUCUAGAUGUAUAAUGUCGCUUCCUGGAGGAGCUCCUAAAACAUUAUCAUUUGAUCAUAUGCCUUCUACCAUGGGGGAAAGAGUUAGAAUUGAAAAUAGUGGAGGAUAUGUUAUAAAUAAUCGAGUAAAUGAAAUUUUAGCACUUUCAAGAGCAUUUGGAGAUUUUAAAUUCAAAAUUCCAUAUGUUGAACCAUCCAGAGAUUAUUAUUAUAUGGAUACAAAUAAAGAAUAUUUCACAAAACAUGGGUUUAUUAAAAUUCCACCAGAAUUAAAUCAAGUUACAGUGGAGCCAGAUCUUUUAGUAUAUGAUCUUUCUCAAUUGGAUAAACCAGAAUUUGUUAUUCUUGCAUGUGAUGGGAUCUGGGAUUGCUACACGAAUAAAGAACUUAUCAAGGUAAUACGUGAUAAAUUAGGUCUUGGAUGGACCCUUACUACGAUUACAGAAUUGGUUUUAAAUAAUUGCAUAGAAAUGGCUAAUAAUAUUACUGGCAUUGGGUUUGAUAAUAUGACAAUGAUUAUUGUUGCUGUACAUCUGGGAAAUAGUAUACAUGAAUGGUAUGAACAGAUGCAACAAAGAAUAUUACGAGAGAAGAAUUUAGUAUAG